UCAUCCUGCUGUGCGCCACCCCCUCCUUCACCACCAGCUGCCCCAAAGGAAUCCCAGGGCCAGGAAUGUACAGUAAUCAGGCAGCCCAGGGCCCACGACACCAGGGACCUAUAUAAAGUGAAGAUACCCAGGAGCCUUGCCUCCUGGACCAGAACCCAAGCAGCUCUGCCCAGCCCAGCACCAGGGCCCAGAGAUCCAUCAGUCCUCCUGGGAACAGACCACGACACAAUGAGACGUCUCCAGGCCCUGCCCUUCCUCCUCCUCUUCUUCUUCCUGCCACUGGGCACCUGCUUUCCCCUGCUGGCCAGAAGGGGAUCCUCAGAUGCUGCAGGUGUCAUUGGAACCAGCAUGAGCUGGGCCCACCUGGCAGAAGGACGCAGACCCCACUCUGGGCGGAGUCCCUCCAGGCCAAAUAUACUGCAGCCACAGGCCCUGCUGAUGGUGGCCAAGGAGCUUCAGGCCUCGCACAAGGAGCACACCGGAUUCCGUCCGGGGAGGCAGGACGUCAGCGGCGAGGCUGCAGGCUUUCUGCCCGCCGACUUGAAAACCAGUGGCCCCUUGGGGAGCCUGGCAGAGGAACUCAACAGCUACAGCAGGAGGAAAGGAGGCUUCAGCUUCCGCUUUGGCCGGUGAGGGGCUUCUUUGAGGACUCUGCCCUCAUCUGUCAUCACUCCCCUGUCCUGUCCCCAGCCUCGAGGAGCCAGACACUGAGAGGGCAAAGGCCUUUAGUGUUGGCUAGACGUGUGCUUAACUUUUCAUUUCUAAUUUAGCUAAAGCAAAAAACCUGGGUGUUAAGAAAAUAAUAAUAAUAAAGGAAAAAGAACAAGUCCUGGCUUGGUUAAUAUGUCAGUGUCUUCUGGUCCUGAUCCAGGACCCAGGCUGCCUCUGCCUCAGCCUCCCGCUUUCCUCCAGGUCUCCAGGGGCAGGGUGCUGAGGCUGUGUGGGGCCACGAAUGGAAUAGGUGGACUGAGAGAUUACAGCGGGUAAAUCAAAGUUCUGACAGUCUCCAUAGGGACGCUGCUAGCCGACAUCUGAAGUCUAACUGUGAAUGAGUACACUCCAGUGUCUACAGAGUAUGGUUCUGAAAGUUAAAAAUGAAGGAGGGAAAAAAACCCAAACAAACGGAAAACAGUAAGCUCGCUCUCCAUGCCAUUAGCACAAGAUGCCUCUGGCAAGAAAUGCCUGCGGUGGGUGGCGAGGAGCUGCCCUUUGGACAGCCUGCUCUUCCCUCUGGCUGCCCAAUCCCUCUGGCAGCUGACCUUGUCCAAGUGUGGUCGCCUUUGCAAAGCCAAGGGCCUCAUGGGAGCUGAUCUAGGAAAGGGAUACAUUUGUGCUAAGCA